AUGAAUCGUAUCAAUAUCAUUAUUGUCCCAAUUAAAACAAAUUAAAAAAGAUUAACUCACACCAAUUCAAUAAAGGCAGAUAAUAAUCCAGGUUAGCAUAGGUGAGAAUAAGCAGUUUAUUACAACUUGUACAACCGCAUGAGAACCAAUUAGUUGAAAAAAAGUUCAACAGUGGUUUUUUUCGAAAGUGUUUCUUAAUUUUUUCGGGUGAAAUUUUUGACGAAAGAAUUUAAAUAUGCAUGAAAAAACAGGCCUGUCGUUAUUUUUCGUAAUAGGUUUGCUACAGUUUGCAGCCGUAUAUUCGGAAUGGUCUCCGCAUGAUUUAGAAGUUCAGCUAAAGAUUCAAACUGACACUUACAAUUCCAUCAACAAACGUCGUGACUUUAUAUGGGACGCAACUCUACCGAAUGAAAACAUCCAGUUUAUUCCUAUAUCUGUGGAAGUAUCCGUGUGUAUAAGUGUACUGAAACAGUUAUACUAUGAAAAAGUCGCAACGCCUAAUUAUCCCAAAGAGAAGUAAGAUUCACAUUUCACUGAAUUUGGGUAAAAUCACUAUCCAAAUAGUGCAUUCUUUUCACAAAAUUGUUUACAGAUUUAUGGAACUAGUCUGUUCUUUAACCAUUAUUACGGAUAGAUGGCAAAAAUCGCCGAAUAUGAAGCUGGGGGUACACAAUGCGAUAUUUUAUGAUCGAAAAAACAUAUCUCAGGAAUUCUUGAAUGACGUAAAAACAUAUUUUCACGCCGAACUGUACAACGUGUCCUUUGAUCCUACAGAAAAAAUAAUUCUGCCUUCUAUUGAAGAAUGGAUUGCUGAAUACACAACGCAACAAGAUUACAAUUUGAUUGGCCCGAUCAGAGAUGCGAAUGGUUACUUGCAAUUCAGCAUGUUGACGUUUACAGCUUGCUGGGAUACGCUGAAGACUUCUGACAUUUGGGACAGAACGUUUCGCUUCAAAACUACUUAUAACACGGUGGUCAAAAUGCGAACAUUCAACUCGAAAGAAAAAAUCGGUUACUUCAACAAUUCCAUACUGAAAUACGAAGCGAUCCGAUUACCCUUUAAGAACAAGGAAUUCUUCAUGAUCGUCCUGUUACCUUACCCGGAUCAAUCAUUAGAAUCAAUCAAGAAAUUCUCAAUCGCUGAUUUAUACCAAUUAUUCGAAUAUGUCAGCGCGAAUAUCGAACACAUCGAUUACACCAUUCCAGUUAUGAUGAGUACACCUGUGUUUUCUUUAAAUGAAAAAGGUGCUAGUAUAAAUGGAGAUACUAUCGUCUGCGAUUCAUUUGCGGCUCGGCAGACCUUCAACGAGACCAGUAUCAACUACAAACCGUUUUAUGUCGAUAGGCCAUUCGGUUUACUUAUUUAUGACGAAAGAACCCGCUACAUUUUGGUGCAUAUGUGGGUGAAAAAUCCUAUCACGGCCUUUUCGAAUCCUAUUUCUUAUAUGCAAUGGAAUUUGUUUAUUAAUAAUAUUUGA